GAUAUUUUGUGUUGCAGGCCGGAGUGAUGCGACCCACGCAAGAGUAAGCUAAACUAGCUUGGAGAAUGGGACUCGUUCGACGGACGAAGCUGCUUCCAAGCCGAACGAUGGCGUCCCUACUACCAUUGCUGCUGCUGGCAGUACUACCAAACGCGCGAUUGGAAUCAGCAAUCAGUCCAGUGAGUAACGUGGGCUCGGUAUCGAGCGGUUCUUCGUCGUCCUCUUCUUCUGCCUCCUCGUCGUCGAUGGUGGGCGUCGUGCCUGGCAGCGGCUCGGCUUCCGGCAGCAUGGUUGGCUCUGGUAACAGCGUGGUCGGUGGUGGAAGCAGCGGCGUUGGACACUCGUCUUUGGGCGGCGGAACUGUUAAUGGAAACGGUCGAUGCGAGGAGAUCACGAUCCCGAUGUGCCGCGGAAUCGGUUACAAUCUAACAGCCAUGCCGAACGAGCUGAAUCACGACAAUCAAGAAGAGGCUGGCCUGGAGGUGCAUCAGUUUUGGCCGUUGGUCGAGAUCAAAUGUUCGCCAGAUUUGAAGUUCUUCCUCUGUUCGAUGUACACCCCGAUAUGUCUGCCCGAGUACACCAAGCCUCUUCCGGCUUGUAGAAGCGUGUGCGAGAGAGCACGAGCGGGUUGCGCGCCGUUGAUGCAGCAGUAUGGAUUCUCGUGGCCGGAGAGGAUGGCUUGCGAGAGGUUGCCGGUAUUCGGCGACGUGGACAACUUGUGCAUGGACAAUCACACGAGCAGCACCGGAUACGGAUCCGGAACCGGAGGAGGCGCGAGUAGCGCUCCUUUGCCACCAGCGGCCCCGCCACGCCCGACCAGGCCGUCCAAGACGACCCAAUCACCUCGGUGCAAGCCAGGCAAAAAUCAAAAAAACUGCCAGCAUCCCCCGGGGGAAAGGGCGAGGGAUUGCGUGUGCCGGUGCAGGGCACCCCUCGUACCCCUGGGGGCGAUAAGCGGCAGCAGCACCGGCAACAUCGGCAACGGGGCUGGACUGGCAGGCAUGGCCGUAAGUGGAGUCAUACCGGCGCCACCGAUAAGCAUCGGCAGAAACAUCAUCCAGGACAUUGCCGGAGUACCGAAUUGCGCUCUCCCGUGCCACGGGGCGUUUCUCACCCCCGAAGAGCGAGGGUUCGCGGCCGUCUGGCUGGCCCUGUGGAGUGGCCUCUGCGCCGCAAGCACGCUCGUGACCGUCACAACGUUUCUGAUCGACACCCAGCGUUUCAAGUAUCCUGAGAGACCGAUAGUGUUCCUGUCAGCCUGCUACUUCGCCGUAUCGAUAGGUUACCUAUCGAGGAGCGUGUUCGGCCACGAGGAGAUAGCCUGCGACGGGCCGGCGUUGAAGUCGAGGGCCCAGGGCCCGGAAGCCUGCGUAGCCGUCUUCCUGAUGAUCUACUUCUUCGGCAUGGCCUCCUCGGUUUGGUGGGUGAUCCUGGCGUUCACGUGGUUCCUGGCGGCAGGGCUGAAAUGGGGCAACGAAGCCAUAGCCUCGUAUUCCCAGUACUUCCACCUGGCGGCUUGGCUGGCACCGGCGGUUCAGACGUUCUCCGCGUAUCUGGCCGGUGGAGUGGCAGGGGAUCCAGUGGCCGGAGUUUGCACGGUAGCUCCGGACGGAGUGAGAUCGUUCAUUCUGGUACCGUUGUUCGUGUACCUCCUACUGGGAACGAGCUUCCUUCUGGCAGGAUUCGUCAGCUUGUUCAGAAUCCGAUCGGUGAUAAAACGACAACCGGGAGCAAAAGCGGACAAACUGGAGAAACUGAUGAUACGCAUCGGCGUGUUCAGCGUUCUGUACACGCUGCCAGCCGGAGUAGUGUUGGGCUGUCACAUGUACGAGACGUCGUUAAGAAACGAGUGGCUCGAUUCGCUGGCUUGCCCCUGUCAGCCAAGGGCAAGACCUCUCUACUCCGUCCUGAUGCUCAAGUACUUUAUGGCUCUCGCGGUAGGCAUCACGUCCGGCGUGUGGAUCUGGAGCGGCAAAACGGUCGAUUCGUGGAAACGUCUGUGGAGGCGCUUGUUCAGCGGAGGAAGCGGCGGAGGCGGUCACGGAGGCGGUGGCGCCGGUAUGGUGGCCGGCGUGACCGGCGUCAGCGGAGGAAUCGGCAGCACCAGCAUCAAGGGCGUCGUAGGACGUGUCGGAGUGCCGUAUCCACCGGCACCGGGGCCAGGGAGCGCUCUACUUCCGCCUGGCAGCGUGGCCAGCGCGUCCCAACACCAUCUCCACCAUCACGUCCUCAAGCAACCUCCCUUGUCGCACGUAUGACGUCACCAGUCGGCGGGGGGUGAUAUGAACACCGCUGGCUGCGAGCAGCAACAACAACAGCAGUCGGUGCAACAGGAGAGGCCUUCCGCCCUUAGUAACUACGGGCCCAUUUAGCCCUUCGCCUCGGCCUCGCGCAGGCACACGCCGCACACGGCGCCGCAUACGGCGCCACACACGCCACAUUCGGCGGCUACGCUAUACUCGAGGAGAUCGUUGGCGUCGACUACGGGCCCCCUUACGCCAGCACACGGACUCGCACCCUCUUACACUCAGGCCACCGAAGUAUGAAUCGAUUUCCGAUAGCAAGUCACUCGUCGCCGGAAGGAAAAUGAAGGAAAGAAGGGUGGAAAAAAACGCGAAGGUGGCUCAUCGCGACGUGCGUCGAACAACGUCGGUGACUCGCGACGGUGCUUCUCGAUUACCCGAUAUACGUAUUAGCCCGUACGUGUCUUUUCCGCCGGUCUCGAGUCGCCAUCACUUUUUUUCUACUUCUCCAUUUUUCUACUUCUCGUUUUCAAUCCCACACGCGUUACAUGUGCAUUGGUUGAUAAUUAAAAUCGGCAAAAUCGCCGAUUCGGUGUUGUCAGUGAAGUUUGCGAUAAUUGGUGGAACAGGUGCCGAACGCGAUUUGAAUUAACCCGCGGGGACUGGACCCUCGACGCGUCCACGCCAGAGGGCGACAAUUCGAAAAUGGCGCUCGAGACCGGCAGGUGUAGUGUGAUUGUGACGUUUAGUGCGUGGGAUCGAAUGCGGUGUAACGUAUGAGUGAAACAUAGCGCGAAUGGGAAUAUCGUCUGACAGAACAUUCUUUCUUAUUCGUAUCUAUUUGUAAUCUUUCUUACUUACAUAGUGUAGCGGAGCUCGUACAGUCCGCAUAUCCGUCUAACGUGUAUCGUCUCGUCUAUUUAUCUGACUUAGCCAUAACAGAAGUAUAAGUGUAAAACACGGACUUUCUAUAGAUGUCGUUACUUAAGUCGUUACGGCGGUGGUCCGGCAUUCCAGCCCGCGUGUUUUUUGUAAUUUCAUACAAUUUUAGUCGCUAGUCGAAUUCGGUGUAAGCGAGCCGUGUAAGACAGAGAAGGAUCGACCCGAUCAUCCUCGAGCAAUGAAAGUACUCGUAAUCGCGAAUUCAGGCUCACCGCCGUCGAUCGUGUCAAAGUACGACGUACAAGUGUAUAGCGUAGAGACGUAUAAGAAAGGAAAAAGAAUGUGGAGAAACGAAGGUAACUGUAAAUAUUAUUCUUAGAUGUUAGAUAAAAUGCUGUAAAUACAAAAGAGAAAUGGGAGGGAAACGAUCAUCAAAAAAAAAAAGAAGAAAAAGAAAAAAAAAAAGAAAAAAAAAGAUUUAUCGGUCAACACGAGAUAUAUCGAAUGUACAGGCGCGAGCACAUGCGCAGCCAUUGCGACGACUGCGCGUUCCUUUUUACGCAUUACUCAUAUAUAUAGUUGUAGCCCGUGGAACUUUGAAAUCCAUUUCGAAUCUUUCGAAAGGGAUUCGAUCGUUGACACAACGUAAAGCGGGAAUAAAAAGAACUCGUGUCAAACUCUUGGUGCAAUGAACAAUGGGUAUCAAAUAACAGUGGGGUAUAUCGUAAAAAGAAGCUUCGAAGGAGCCGCUAGUCUUGCCACGGGCGAAGGAACGCGUUAAUCGUAGCGUGAAUGCGUCGAGGGAAAACAAAAAAAAAUGAUAACGCGUGCUUACGGUAUGUAUAGAUACGUUAAAACAUGAUUUCGGGUGUCGAACACGUCUUUUUCUUUUUUACCGCCGAACGAAGCCCCCCCUUAACCUUUACCAUUUUAUAUAUAUAUACACACACGCGUCGUGAACGUAGCUGACAAA